GGAUAGUACAGUGGUCGGAAGUUGACCAAAUUGUAUAAAUAGAAGGAUAAAGUCUACGGGAACUGAAACAUACAUCGUUGUUUAAAUUGACAUUACUAUAUUUUAUUUUUUUAUCCUGUCAUACAAUCACGUAGUAGCAUAUAAUUACUACUACGUUAGGGUUAUCUGAAAUAUAUACUGCCAAAGUUCAAGAGCGAAAUGAGACUUUGGAACAUACCUUCGAUUACUAUGAUAUGGGUAAUAGUACUCAUGAAUUUGAGUGGAGUCAUAUCUGAUAUGUGCUAUGAAAUCACAAAUUCGGUGGGAGAGAAUGAGUGCAUGGGCAUUAGUUGUGAAUCUUUGUUUUGUGGUUCUAGAGAAGAAUGGUUGUGGGCAUGCCAAGCUGCGUACAGACAUUGGUUUUGUACCCCAUAUAAGAAGAGGUACGCUGGUGAUAACACCGAAUCUCAUUACAACAAUACUUUGGAUUUAAUUGAAAAUGAUGGUUGGGAAGUAAGACCCAUUGACCCCGAUGAUACACUGUUCACGAAUGCAACAGAAAUAUUUGAUAUUGCGUCGUUCCAGAAGUAUAUAUCCGCCAAUGACUCAGACAUCUCUUUGAACGCUUAUAUUGACGCUGUAACUUCGCCGCUACUUAGAUCAUUUAAUAAGAAGAGAUGUGAAGAGUCAUGCAAAUCAGCAGAUAACUUCAUGCGCCAUUGUCAACUGAAUGGGAUCACCAUUGUUUACACCGUAGCAAAAUCUGCUUGCAUUGCAGCAUGCUAUAAGAAAUAUGGCAAUGGACAUACUAAUUGCAAAAAAUGAUUAGAAUUCUCAAUCUACUAUAUACUUGG